AUGCGACGAAUCCUCAGCAUACGAACAAUUUCUACAGUACUUAAUAUUCUCUCGUGGAUACUCCUCCUCCCGCCAGCGAUUCAAGCCUUGCCACUCGGUUCGCUCAUCCCACGCGCAACCCGGAAAGAGGUGACAGUAACCCGCGAUCGGGUAUGCCUUAGCCCUGCACCGUGGACACAGAUACUCUCUUUCUUCCUGACAAACUACAUCGCGAGAAUCGCAACGUUCAAGAAGACCUCCGGGUACAAGGGAUCGAGGGACCACAUACGCACAGCAAUAAGUCUAUUCGUGCCAUUUUACGGUAUCUCGCAGGCUGCCGAGACGAUCGCUCGGGGGGCGCGUUUUUUGGGUCGGGACGAGCUGGGCGGGGCGCUACAUGCUGGGGCGUUGUGCGUCAUGCAGAGAUUGGAGAGUUGGAGACCGAGGAACGGCAAUAUCGUUUGUGGGUGCAUUAUUGAGCCGCCGCCGAGUAGAACAACGGGGAGGAAGAGGAGGAGGAGAGGGAGGAAGAAGAAGGAUCUGGCUGAUACUGGCGAGGCAAUAAUCCUGAUCCAACUCCCAACCAUGAAACAGCUCGAUGACCCUACAAAGUGGAAUAUACAAGGCCAAUACCGCCUCCCAGAAGGCUACUGUUUCUCCUUCCUUCCAGCGGGUACCUCCAUCGGCCCUAUAAACCCCCUCACAAAGCGCGAAGACAUAGUGAUCGCCUCCUCAUACGGCACAGCAAAGUCCUUCACUGGUGUCCUCCAAAUACUUAUCUCAAUCUUCACACUCUACUCCUCCUCUUCCGACCAAGUCAACCUAUACGGCUAUGCUGCCUUCGGCUUCAGCGUUAUCCCCUACACGAUCAUGUCUUUUCUCAACGCGAUCGCGAAUUCAAUAGAGGCGGAUUACGAUACGCUGUUCAUGGUCGAGUCGGAGGUUAUGGUUGAAGCGUAUAGGCGCACCAACGAGGAGUUCAUUGGUGCGGUUGCCGUGUUGACGCCCGACUAUGAUAAGGAGGGCGUGGACUUGCAAUUUCGGAGGAGUAGGGAGCAUGGUUGGAGCGCGCACGAGCUUGAUGAUAACGGGAGGGAAGUCGGAAGGAGCUGGCGGGUUACGUUCCAGGAGGAAGAGAUCGAGAACAAGGAUUUUUCGACGCCAGCGAGGAUUAAUGAUAAUGCUGCUAGAAUCAUGGUUCCAGCCGAGGGACAGUACCGGCGGAAGAAGAAGGUUGUCAAGUCUAGUCAGAAGUUUUAUAACUUCUCUGUCUUCAUUAUCGUUUUCAUCUCGCUCAUCAUUCCUUAUAUCGUCCUUGGCAGUCUCAGCCAUUUCAAGGCCGCAGACAGCACGGCGAGACAGCGCACGUUCAUGAUGGGCUGGUUGGUGGUCGGUCAGGUUAUUGGCGUGGUGGACUUGAUCGAGUCCACUGGUGGUGGGAAGAAGCGGUGGUGGGAUUUACUGGAGAAUUCUAUCAAGCUAGUGAUCGUUAUUGCGGGAUUUGCAUUUGCCGUUGGGGGGUUCAUCGAGGCGGGGAGGAUGAUGAGAGCUUUUGGUUUUUGUUUUAGGACUUGAGGCCGAUUGCAGCUAUUGCUUCUUUCCCCUUCGUCCUAUUUUUGUCUUUUUUGGCGUUGGUAUGGAUUUCUGGUUUUUUAUGAUACCCGGUUUGGAAAAUUGGAGUGGGAUGCCCUUUCCUUCUUCCUCUGUUUUUUCUUCUUAUCCAUUGUAGAAUCGGUUUAAGUUGGGAAGGGGGG